AUGCUCUCGCUGCGGCCCCUCUCUCGGGCAACACUUCCCUGCGCGCGGGUACACGCCCGCACUGCGCUACUGGUUGCGCCGCGGCUCCGUCCCCAGCCCUCUGCGCUACGGGUCGGGCUUGGGUUGCGGAGUAACGCCAGCCAGUCUGGGCCACACAAGCCUUCGCAGGGAUCCGAGAAGGAAGGCUCUGCUUCUGAAUCGACAUCGGGAAAGAAGGACGGCGCAAAGGAGCCGCUUGCAGACCAGCUCAAGCGCGCGUGGAAGACACCAACAAAAUGGAAGCCUAUUCCAGUCGCCCUCGAGGUCACGUCGCAGGGCAAGAACGGUGCAGUGAUCAAACCUACAAUCGAUGGACCAUGGCAGGUCCGCAUCCUCGGCGCGUUGCCGCUCCGCAGCAUGUCCCAGCUGUGGGGCUACCUCAACUCGCUCGUGCUGCCCAUGUGGUUCCGACCAUUCGGCUUCCGCUUGUAUGGGUGGAUCUUUGGCUGCAACCUCGACGAGUGUGUGCCCGAGGACUUGAAACAGUACGAGUCUCUUGGCGAGUUCUUCUACCGUGAGCUUAAGCCCGGCGUCCGCCCAAUUGCGGACGCGCCGCUAGUGUCCCCGUCCGACGGUCGUGUGCUUCACCUCGGCGAGAUUCGUGGCUCCAAGGUCGAGCAGGUCAAGGGCAUCACGUACUCCCUCGAGGCGCUGCUGGGUACCGGCGACUCGGCACAUGGUGAGCCCCUCGAGAUCGAGCGCCAGGACGCGUCGCCGACAGUCGGCGGCGGUGAGACCAGCUACGUCGAGGACGAGCACUUUGCAGAGAUCAACAACAUUCCAUACUCGCUCUCGUCGCUCAUGGGCAAGGACAGUGCCGCCGAGGUGCGCGACCAGCGCCACGGCAUGCCUGGUGACGAGGACUCGGGUAGCGAUGAGCACGACGCGUCGACUGGCCCCUCGGACAUUGCGCACGACACGCGCGUCGCUGCGCACCUCGGUCUCGGCGCACUCGGCGCGGCCACGGACAAGGACACGGAGAUCGGCAAGCUGCGCCCGGACAACAAGCUCUGCUUCAUCGUCAUUUACCUUGCCCCCGGCGACUACCACCGCUUCCACUCGCCGUGCGCGUGGGUUGUCGAGCGUCGUCGUCACUUCACCGGCGACCUGUUCAGUGUGUCACCUUACAUCGCACACCGCCUUCGCAACCUGUUCGUGCUCAACGAGCGCGUGGCUCUCCUCGGUCGCUGGAAGGACGGCUUCUUCUCCAUGAUCCCUGUGGGCGCGACCAACGUCGGCUCGAUCCGAAUCAACUUUGACGAGACGCUCCGCACCAACACCAAGGAGCGCUCGCACCCAGCCCACACCUUCACCGAGGCCGUCUACUCGCGCGCCUCGGUGCUCCAGGGCCAGCCCCUGCUCCCCGGCGAGGAGAUGGGUGGCUUCCGCCUUGGCUCGACGAUUGUGCUGGUGUUCGAGGCACACAAGUCGUUCAAGUUUGACGUCAAGGCAGGCGAGAAGGUCCGCGUCGGACAAGAGCUAGGGUCCGACACCCCCGCCCCUCCAAAGAAGUAG